CCGUACCCCCAUUAUUAUCAUCCCAGCUGCCACCACCUCACUCAUUACUAUGUAUAAUGCUAAGGACAUACUACAGGAUCUCAAAUUUGUCAGCACGGAAGACAAGAGGGCGCAGGGCACCAAGCGCGACAACGAGGUGCUGAUACAGAGGGGGAAGGACGGCGGUACCACAGUGCCCUACAGAAUAAUUGACAGUAUUGCAAAACUUAACCCUGAUGAUUGGGACAGGGUUGUGGCAGUGUUUGUCCAGGGUCCUGCCUGGCAGUUUAAAGGCUGGCCAUGGGGUGGAAAUCCUGUGGAAAUAUUCUCCAGAAUUCGAGGUUUCCACGUGAAAUGGGCAGAGUUACCACUGGAUAACAAUGUGGCAAAAUGGGAUGUGUGUGUUUUGAAUCUAGACAGACACCGGCGCCAUCUAGAUCGGGCCACAUUACAGCAGUUCUGGGUCACACUAGACAAGUAUCUGACAAAAUUCAAGCCUCACCUACGGUUCUGAAGCAGGAAAAGUUUUAUCAGAGGGCGAGGAAUGUAUUGGAACCCAUUGGCUUGUGUCAUGAGGUACUGAGAAUGUGGUGUGACAAACACAUAUGCUGUCAUUGUGUCCCAGCAAAGUUGCUAGUUGACGUGAUGUUGCUCAAAGUAUUUAGAUCUUCGGUUUGACAACAGUGAUGUUUUGACCCACAGACCGAUUCUGUACAGCUUUUUAGCGGUAAUAAAGGAAUAACCUUGCUGGAUUGAGAGGCCAAGUUGAAAGAGUGAUUUGCAACUUUGCUGAGAUUUGCACAUUUCAGCUCAAUGAAUGAAACUACUUUUACAGCUCUACAGGUGUCACCAGAGUCUAGAAGAAAUUUUUAAAAUGUACUGUUAUAUAAUGCUCACUUUUAAUUAGAGUUGUUCAAAACUUUUGAAAGAGAGACAUAAUUCCUUGAGAACACUUGGAACUGAGUUCUUGUGGUUUUAAGACCACAGAGUUGGCAAUGGAGAGAGCUUAUUGAAUGUUACUUACAAGUACAUUAUAUUUUCACCCAAUACCAUGCUGAACCUUAGCCAGUGUAAUAUUUCUACAAGGAUCCUAAAUUGAAAUGUCAGUCCUUGUCUUUUUUUUUUUUUUUUUGACACCAUUUUCAAUCAGAAACAUUUAUAUAUGGUGUCAGAUUUAGUUUUACUUGGGAUUUAUGUGGAAUUAAGUCUACCAAUGCAUAGGUGAUCAGCACAGAAGUCUGGAUGGAUGUAGAUGGAUGCAAGCCAUACAAAAAUUAAUGCCCACACUUUUAAUACAGGCAAUACCAAUGUCAUUGGGCGUCAGGCAAAGCUUGGUCAAUUAAAGAAAAAUAUUUAUGACAUUUCUAUGUGAAGUAUAGAAAUUGACUCUUAAGUAAGACUUGUAAGAACAUUGCAAGAGCACUUUAAGCAGUGACAUUUAUUUUCAUUAAUGGCAUGGCUGAAUUAUGCCAUUGUGGAUAGAAUUUUUUCUCCAUUUGGAGGAUUUGAUCCUUUUUAUGUGUAAAAAAGACUAGAGUUUUCAUGGAUUUUGUAUAAACUGUUAUAUAAUGGGUAUUUGGGGUUGGACCCUAUUUUAGUAUUCUCCAUUUACAUGUACUAUAUAUACCACAAGUUGAAAAUGCAACUGUACAUAUAUUGAUAUUACUUUGAUUUGAACCUAUAUUAGGGGCUUCAGAGCUUGCAUUGUCUGAAUCAUGAAAUGAACAAAAAAAUGUGGAAAUUUGGCGCAGUGAUUACUUUUAUGGUCAUUUUGGAGAAAGUGUUUUCUGUAUCUCACUUGAUUCAUUCAAACAUUUGUCUAAGAUAUUUUUAAGACAUGAAAAAUGAGUAAACAGAACUCACGAAGACUUGUCAAUUCUCAUGGUGAUCCUCAUUUCACAGUGAGUGACAUGAAUGUCUGGUUUAUUACUUUAUACAGUAUUUAUUACCCAUACGGAUAUCAUAUGACUGAAAUGAACCUUAGAUGCAGGGAAAAGAUCUACUGUUUACUGGCUUUGGGUGAAAGUCAUAAAUGUAUAUAGACAUAUAAUGUUGUAAAAAUGAACACUGAUAAUAGUUAUUUUGGUUAAAAAUGAAGAGAAUUCUCCGUAUGAGGCAUUGUGUAUAUUUGUGAAUAUGAAAUUGAAUUAUAAGAAAGCCAUGUCUAUUAAUAAAAUAUAAAUGCCAGAAAUAUCUCCAUUUUUAUAUGAAUGCAUGAAGAAUAGACCUUCAACAAAUAUUCAAAACACCAAGAGACAUGGAAAUGUAACCGUAGCUUUAAUUGGUUAAAUUUUAAAAUGUUACUGAGUGUGCCUGUGCAGGAUUCAAGUUCAACAAAGUUUGUGUUAUGUAAAUUAAAAAAAAAAAAAAAAAAAA